AGAAAAGACUGAAGUAGUCCACUGGUCAAAGUACACAUUCUUGCUUUACUUUUCUCCAAACUCCCAAAGUCAGUGACUUCGUCGCAGUGGUCUCUCUCUUACCUGACCACGUAGGAGUCCAGUGAGGAAUAUGUCCUCACCUUUUCUUUGGAGUUUGGUUAUUUUACUGAUAUUUGCAGAGUUUGAUGGUGAAGCUGGAGAACUUGAGCUGCAACGACAAAAAAGAAAUACUGAUCUGCAACAGCCUCGGUUGACUUCAGAAAGGGGAAAUUUAGUGUUUCUUACGGGGCCUACCCAAAACAUUGAAUUUAGAACUGGAUCCCUGGGAAAAAUAAAAAUAAACGAUGAAGACUUCAAUGAGUUUUUACAGCAGAUCAAGAUAAACAAAGAAGAGAUUAUAGAUUUAAAAAGAAAUUUGGAUGGUCUGCAUCAAAAUGUAUCUAGUCAAAUCUAUCAGCUCAAUUCCAAGCUUGUGGAUCUUGAGAGAAGAUUUCAAAGCUUACAGCAGACAGUGGACAAAGACGUUUGCCGCAGCAAUCCCUGCCGAAACGGUGGAACCUGCCACAAUCUGCUUGAUUCUUUUUUUUGUAUCUGUCCCUCACAGUGGGAGGAUCCUCUGUGCUCAACUGAUGUGAACGAAUGUGUGAUUUACUCUGGAACACUCCUGGGCUGCCAGAAUGGAGCCACAUGUGUGAACACAGUGGGGAGUUACAGCUGUACCUGCAAACCUGAUACAUAUGGACCCCAGUGUGGGCUCAGAUAUAAUGACUGCGAGGGGGGCUCUAAAGAGCUCUGUGUCCAUGGUGUCUGUGAGGAUUUAGAACGACAGCAAGCUGGAACGCGCAAUUACACAUGCAUCUGCGAAGCUGGCUGGACAUCCUUGCCCAACCACCCUGCCUGCAUAGUAGAUCGAGAUGAGUGCAGCCUACCGUCUUCUUGUUCAGCCCUUGUGCAAUGUUUCAACACUCCCGGUUCUUUCUACUGUGGGCCCUGCCCAAAAGGCUGGCAAGGAAAUGGGUAUGUUUGUGAAGACAUCGAUGAAUGUGAGAUAAAUAAUGGUGGCUGUUCUAUGACUCCACUUGUUAGGUGUGUGAACACACCUGGAUCUUUUAUCUGUGAGGACUGUCCACCAGGGUACCAGGGUGACGGAAAAGUGUGCACUGCCAUAGACAUCUGCUUGAUCAACAAUGGAGGCUGCCACCCUCAUGCAACAUGCUUGUCAUCUCACGGUUUGUUACCUCUCUGCACCUGUCUGCCGGGAUACACUGGAAAUGGUUAUGGACCGAAUGGAUGUGUGCAACUUGGAAAUGUUUGUUUAAGUCACCCCUGUUUAAAUGGACAAUGCACAGAUACAGUCUCUGGCUAUUUUUGUAAAUGCGAUUCAGGCUGGGCUGGUGUCAACUGUACAGAAAACAUCAACGAGUGUUUGAGCAGCCCCUGUCUGAAUGGGGGGACUUGUGUCGAUGGUGUGAAUGCUUUCAGUUGUGAAUGCACGAGUUCCUGGACUGGAUCUCACUGUCAGAUUCCCCAGCAAGCAUGUGGAGGGUCCCUGUCAGGGAUGAACGGAAGCAUCAGCUAUAGAAUCUCUGAUGUUGAUUAUCUUCAUGAUGUUAACUGCUUCUGGAUUAUCCGAACCGAAGAAGGAAAGGUCUUGCAUAUCACAUUCACUUUCUUCCAAUUAGAAUUGGAGAACAAUUGCCCACAUGAGUUUCUUCAGAUUCACGAUGGAGAUUCUUCCGCAGAAUUUCCACUGGGAAGAUUCUGUGGCUCCACAGCCCCUCAGGAUCUUCACAGUAGUGACCACGUGCUCUAUUUUCAUCUCCAUUCUGACCAUUUGAGAAGAGGGAGAGGCUUUACAGUACAAUGGGAAACACAGCAACCAGAGUGUGGAGGUAGACUGGCUGCUACUUAUGGCUCUAUCCAAUCUCCGGGGUAUCCUGGAAACUACCCCCCUGGAAGAGAUUGUGUCUGGAGCAUUAUUACCAGCCCUGAACUUCUGAUAACAUUUACUUUUGGGACUUUGAGCCUGGAGAACCAUGAAGACUGUAGCAAAGAUUAUCUGGAGAUUCGAGACGGUCCUUUCCACCAGGACCCCAUUCUUGGAAGAUUCUGCACCACCAGCUCCGUCCCACCACUCCAGACUACAGGUCCCUUUGCCAGAAUUCAUUUCCAUUCUGACAAUCAGAUCAGUGAUCGCGGCUUCCAUAUCACCUAUCUAACAUCACCCUCGGAUCUGCAUUGUGGAGGGAACUACACAGACCCAGAGGGUGAGCUCUUCCUUCCCAGCUUGCCUGAGCCUCUGGCUCACAACAGGCAAUGUGUCUACAUCAUACAGCAGCCACAGGGAGAGCUAAUAGACCUCACCUUCACCCAUGUGGAACUGGAAGGCCAGCGUGGUUGCUCCCACAGUUACAUUGAGGUUCGAAAUCAUGAAACUUUACUUGGAAAAGUCUGUGGCAAUGAAACCGUCUCUCCGAUCAGAUCCAUUACUAAUAACAUCUGGAUCAGGUUUAAAAUAGACACCUCUGUUCAAAAGGCUAGCUUCAGAGCUUUUUAUCAAGUUGUUUGUGGAGGUGAAUUAACUGGAGAAGGAAUCAUUCAUUCACCAUUUUAUCCUAAUGUAUAUCCUGGAGAAAGAACCUGUAGGUGGACCAUCCACCAACCUCAAGGCCAAGUAGUUCUUCUCAACUUUACUGGCUUUGAAAUUGGAAGUUCCAACCACUGUGACACAGAUUAUGUUGAGAUUGGUAGCAGUUCUGUUUUGGGUUCUCCUGAAAAUGUAAAGUAUUGUGGUACAGAGAUGCCUUCAGUUAUAACAUCUGUUUACAAUGUUCUUUAUGUCACAUUCGUGAAGAGUCCUUCUAUGGAAAAUCGUGGUUUUGUGGCUGUGUUCAGUACCCAGGAUUUAGUAUGUGGAAAAACUCUUACUGCAUCAUCUGGAAUCAUUAAAAGUCCUGGCCAUCCAAGCAUUUACCCCAGUGGCGUUAACUGUACCUGGAAUAUAUUAGUCCAGCCUGGUCAGCUGAUUCGGUUGGUGUUUGAUGAAUUUCACCUGGAGUUUCAUUACAAUUGCACAAGUGACUACGUGGAAGUUCAUGAUACUGGCUCUAGGACUUAUCUUGGGAGAUACUGUGGAAAAUCCAUUCCGCCCUCUCUUACCAGCAGCACCAACUCAAUAACGCUGACAUUUGUGGCUGAUUCUGACCUCGCUUAUGAAGGCUUUUCAAUGAACUAUACAGCAAUUGAUGCAACAAAAGCAUGCUCAGAAGACUACACAGUUAAUUCUGGGACAUUUACUUCUCCAAACUUCCCCAAUCAUUACCCUCAUGACUAUGAAUGCAUUUAUAGGAUUACAGUAGAAAUUAACCAACAGAUUGCAUUGCACUUCACCAACUUCUCCUUGGAAGAUGGCAUGAGUGGAAACUGUGUAACAGAUUUUGUGGAAAUCAGGGAUGGAGGCUAUGAAAAUUCACCACUUGUGGGAAAGUUCUGUGGCUCAAUUCUACCCCCAAGAAUCAUCUCCCACAGUAACAAACUGUGGUUAAAAUUUAAAAGUGAUUCUGUGUUGUCAAAAUCUGGAUUCUCAGCUUCCUGGGAUGGAUCAUUAACAGGUUGUGGGGGCAACCUCACCACUUCCACGGGCAUGUUCACAUCUCCCAACUACCCGAUGCCUUACUACCACAGCUCUGAGUGCUACUGGUGGCUGAAAUCCAGCCAUGGCAGCCCGUUUGAACUGACCUUCAAAGACUUCCACUUGGAGUAUCAUCUCAACUGCUCUUUGGAUUAUCUGGAUGUAUACGAUGGCCCAAGUACCAGUUCUCAUCUGCUCACCAAGCUUUGUGGGGAUGCAAAACCCCCUCGCAUCCGAUCUAGUGGAGACAGCAUGCUACUGAAGCUGAGGACUGACGAAGGUCAGCAAGGAGGCGGCUUUGAGGUCGAGUACUCACAGAGAUGUGAGAAUGUGGUAAUAGUUAAUCAAACCUAUGGCAUCCUGGAGAGUAUAAAUUAUCCAAAUCCCUAUUCUGAAAAUCAGCGUUGCAGCUGGACCAUCCAAGCAACAAGAGGCAACACCGUGAACUACACAUUUGCAGCAUUUGAUUUGGAAUAUUACACAAACUGUUCCAUGGAUUACUUAGAGCUCUAUGAUGGCCCACGUCGGAUUGGACGCUACUGUGGAACAGAUAUUCCCCCGCCAGGGAGUACCACAGCCUCCAAGUUGCAAGUGCUGUUCCACACUGAUGGAGUUGGAGCCAGUGAGAAAGGAUUCCAGAUGCAGUGGGUGGUUCAUGGUUGUGGUGGGGAGCUGUUUGGAGCCAUGGGCUCCUUCAGCAGUCCUGAGUACCCUGGAAAGUAUCCACCCAACAAAGAAUGUAUCUGGUACAUUCACACUGCCCCGGGAAGUCAAAUCCAGCUCACCAUCCAUGACUUUGAUGUGGAAUAUGAGUCAACGUGCCAAUAUGACGUCCUGGAGGUCUAUGGAGGCCCCGAUUUCCACGCUCCCAGACUGACCCAGCUGUGUGCCCAGCGAUCAUCUGUGAUCCCCAUGCAGGUCUCCAGCACUGGAAACGAGCUAGCAAUCCGAUUUAAAACUGACAGCUCUGUAAACGGGCGAGGCUUCAAUGCCUCCUGGCAAGCACUCUCCGGAGGUUGUGGCGGGAUUUUCCAUGCUCCCAACGGAGAGAUUCAUUCUCCAGAUUACCCCAACCAUUAUAGAAGUAACAGUGACUGUUCCUGGGUCAUUCAAGUUGAAAAAUAUCACCGUGUCCUCUUGAAUAUCACUGACUUCGACCUGGAACCUCCAGAUUCUUGUAUUACAACACAUGAUGGCGUAAACUCUGCAACAGCUCGCCUGGCCAGCGUGUGCGGCAGACAGCAGCUGACUAACCCCAUCACCUCUUCAGGGGACAGCCUCUUUGUGAGAUUCCAGUCUGGCGCUUCCAGACAGAGCAGGGGCUUCCGAGCCCAGUUCAGGCAAGUCUGUGGAGGCUACGUCCUCACCAACUCUUUUGAUACCAUUUCCUCGCCAUUGUACCCUGCCAAAUACCCACACAAUCAGAACUGCAGCUGGAUAAUUCAAGCUCAACCUCCAUUCAAUCAUAUUACUCUCUCCUUUACCCACUUUGGGCUUCAAAACAGUCGGGGGUGUACUCUGGACUAUAUAGAAAUUUUGGACGGCAGCGACUCUGAUGCACCCCUCCGAGGCCGCUACUGUGGUUUUUCCUUGCCCCAUCCCAUCACGUCCUACAGCAGGGCCCUGACACUGAGGUUCAUCUCUGAUUCUGGAAACAACUAUGAUGGUUUUCAUGCUCUAUAUGCUGCAUCAACAUCGGCUUGCGGUGGAAACUUCCACAGGGCUACAGGCACCUUCGAGACCCCUAGCUACCCAGACGUUUACCCCCCUAAUUCGGAAUGUGUCUGGAGCAUUAUCAGUUCCCCUGGCAACCGGAUCCAGCUGUCUUUUAUAUCUUUUCAGUUGGAGGACUCUCAAAACUGUAGCAAAGAUUUUGUGGAGAUCCGAGAAGGGAAUGCCACUGGUCCCUUGGUGGGAAGAUACUGUGGAAGCUCCCUACCCCGCAAUUAUUCAUCUAUUACAGAGCAUCUUCUGUGGAUCAGAUUUGUCUCAGACGGCUCAUCCAAUAGCAUGGGCUUCCAGGCCACAUUUACUAAGAUAUUUGGCAAUGAUAAUAUUGAGGGAACUCAUGGGAAAAUCGCUUCUCCUUUCUGGCCUGCAAACUACCCUCCUUACUCCAAUUACAAAUGGACAGUAAAUGUGAAUAUGUCUCAGACUAUCCACGGUAGAAUCCUGGAGAUGGACAUUGAAUCAGCACAUAACUGCUACUAUGACAAGUUAAAGAUUUAUGAUGGGGCUGAUACUCAUUCUCGCCUAAUUGGAAUUUACUGUGGUACUGAAACUCAGUCUUUUAGCUCCAGGGGAAAUUCUUUGAUGGUUCAGUUUUUGUCAGACUCUUCAGUCUCAGGGAAGGGAUUCCUUCUGGAGUGGUUUGCAGUAGACAACUCUGUUGGAUCUUUACCUACCAUCACUCCAGGUGCUUGUGGAGGGUUCCUGAGGACUGGAGACACGCCGGCCUUUCUCUUUUCCCCAGGCUGGCCUGGGAGAUACAGCAAUGCGAUGGAUUGUUCAUGGCUUAUCCAGGCUCCGGGUUCCACUGUGGAACUCAAUAUCCUCUCGAUGGACAUCGAAUCUCACCAAAUGUGUGACUAUGACAGUCUCGUGAUAAGAAAUGGAGACAAUGACGAGUCCCCACUGCUGGCAGUUCUCUGCGGAACACAGAUCCCUGGGCCCAUCCGGUCCACUGGAGAGUACCUGUCCAUCCACUUCUCCUCCGACCUCAGCAUCACCAGGGCAGGCUUCAACGCGUCCUUCCACAAGAGCUGUGGUGGAUAUCUACACGCAGACAGAGGGAUUAUCACAUCUCCCAAGUACCCAAUGCCCUACCCUCCCAACCUCAACUGUUCUUGGCAUGUCCUGGUCCAGCCUGGUUUCGUCAUCGCUGUCCACUUUGAAGAGCCCUUCCAGAUUCCAAGUGGAGAUGCUAUCUGCAGCCAGGGGGAUUAUUUGGUGCUGAAAAAUGGACCAGAUAUCUAUUCUCCACCUUUGGGAACCCAAGGAAGAAAUGGUCGUUUCUGUGGCGGUUAUCCCUCAUCAACUCUGUUCACCUCGGAUAAUCAGAUGUUCGUUCAGUUUAUUUCUGAUAAUAGUAAUAAUGGAGGGCGAGGAUUUAAGAUGAGAUAUGAAGCAAAGAGUUUAGCCUGUGGGGGUUACAUCUACAUCCACGAUGCUGAUUCGACUGGAUAUGUGACCUCCCCCAACUACCCUAACAAUUACCCACCGCAUGCUGAUUGUGUCUGGAUCAUAUCUGCUCCUCCGGGAAAGAGCAUAAGGAUACAGUUUGAAGAUCAAUUCGAUAUUGAAGAUACACCCAACUGCUUUUCCAGUUAUCUUGAGUUACGGAAUGGAGGCAGUUCAAGUUCACCAGUACUUUCCAAAUUUUGUGGGAUGUCUUUACCCGGUAGCCAGUUGUCCUCAACAGAGCUUAUGUAUCUGAGGUUCCAGUCCAACAGUUCAACUCACACAGGAUUCAAGGCCAAGUAUUCUAUGGCCCAGUGUGGAGGAACAGUAACGGGACAAAGUGGCAGCAUUGAGAGCAUUGGCUACCCCACGCUUCCAUAUCCAAAUAAUUUAUUUUGUCAGUGGCAGCUCCAGGGCCUCCCAGGACACUACCUCACCAUCCAUUUUGAAGAUUUUAACCUUCAGAAUUCCUCAGGCUGUGAAAAAGACUUUGUGGAGAUCUGGGAAAACCUUAUCCCUGCACGUCUUCUGGGUAGAUACUGUGGAAAUGCCAUUCCUCAAAGCAUAGACACCUCUAGCGAUGUUGCCUCUGUCAGGUUUGUCACGGAUGACUCACUUACUGCCCCAGGGUUCAGGCUGUGGUUUGAAUCCAGCCUGGCAGAGUGUGGUGGGGAUCUACAAGGCCCCACUGGAACAUUUACUUCACCCAACUACCCGAACCCAAACCCUCACGGCCGGGUCUGCGAGUGGAGAAUCACUGUGCAGGAAGGCAGGCAGGCCACCCUGACUUUCAACAACCUGAGGCUGGAAGCUCAUCCAUCCUGCAGCAACGAGCAUGUGAUUAUAUUCAAUGGCAUUAGAAGUAACUCCCCUCAGCUUGAGAAGCUGUGUAGUAGCGUAAAUGUAAGCAAUGCGAUAAAGUCUUCAGGAAACACAAUGAAAGUCGUGUUUUUCACGGAUGGAUCCCGGCCAUAUGGAGGCUUCAGUGCUUCCUAUACAUCCAGUGAAGAUGCAGUGUGUGGUGGGUUUCUUACCAAUGCCCCCGAAGGAAACUUUACUUCUCCUGGUUAUGAUGGAGUCAGUAAUUACUCAAGAAACCUAAACUGUGAAUGGACUCUCAGCAAUCCAAAUCGGGAAAAUUCAUCUAUUUAUAUUAAUUUUGUGGCUUUCUCCCUUGAAAGUCAUCAAGAUUGUCAAUCUGAUGUCCUUGAGUUUCGAGCAGAUGAUUCUGAAGGGCCCCUAUUAGGGAGAUAUUGUGGCCCUACAAAGCCAACAGUGCCACUGGUAAUACCUUAUCCUCAGGUGUGGAUACACUUUGUCACGAACGAACGUGAAGAACACACAGGAUUCCACGCAGAGUAUUUCUUCACAGAUUGUGGUGGAAUACAGACAGGAGAGGCUGGAGUGAUCACAAGCCCCAACUAUCCUGGCUUUUACAGAAGCCUAGCCCACUGUGCGUGGUUGGUGGAAGCCCCAGUAGGACGCACCAUCACUCUUACAUUCAGUGACUUUGAUAUUGAAACUCACUCAGCCUGUGCGUGGGACUCGGUCACUGUCAGGAAUGGUGGCUCCCCUGAGUCACCCAUUAUAGGACAGUACUGUGGAAACUCAAACCCCAGGACAAUACAGUCUGGUUCCAACCAGCUCACGGUGAUUUUUAACUCAGACAAGUCAAUGCAAAGUCACGGAUUUUAUGCCACAUGGAGCACUCAAACUUUAGGUUGUGGUGGAAUAUUUCAUUCAGACAAUGGUACAAUCAGAUCGCCGCACUGGCCACAGAAUUUCCCUGAAAAUAGCAGAUGUUCCUGGACAGUCAUAACUCAAGAAAGUAAACACUUCGAGAUCAGCUUUGACAGCAACUUCCGAAUCCCCAGUGGCAAUGCACAGUGUCAGAACAGCUUUGUGAAGGUAUGGGCAGGACCUGAGCAGACCAUUGUGGACCUGUUGAGCACAUGGUGUGGGGACGUGGCACCCAGCCCCAUCAUCAUACCAAGAAAUGCAUUCACUUUGGCAUUCCAGUCUCAGGAGGCGCCAGCCCAGGGCUUCUCUGCAGCCUUCGUAAGCCGAUGUGGCUAUAAUUUCACUAGUUCUUCGGGUUCCAUUAUCUCUCCAAACUUCCCAAAGCGAUAUGACAACAAUAUGAACUGCACCUACCUGAUAAAGGGGCAUCGUAGGUCUGUGGUUAUCCUGACUUUUGAGUCUUUCCAUUUGGAAGGUCGCUCUGCCCUCACCGGAAGCUGCGACAGUGACGGUGUGCACAUCCUCAGGGGUGACAGCGUCUCCUCCACACCUGUCGCUACCGUGUGUGGUGAGGAGAUGUUGGAUCCCAUGACGCUGGCUGCCCCAGUGCUGCUUAACUUCUACUCCAAUUCGCAUGUCACGGACUUCGGAUUCAAGUUUUCCUAUCAACUCAUCUCCUGUGGUGGGACAUACAACGCAUCGGCUGGGAUCAUCACCAGUCCUUCCUCCUCUGAGAACUACCCAAACAACAUCUACUGCCUGUAUAAGAUCUUCGUCAGAAACGACAGAGUGGUUCUGCUCAAGUUCCGUAAUUUUGAUGUGGUUCCCUCUGCCGUCUGCUCCAAUGACUUCGUGGCAAUUUAUGAUGGGUCUAACAUCAGUGAUCCCCUUCUUGGCAAAUUCUGUGGGUCCAAGCUUCCGCCAGUUAUUAAGAGCAGCAGUAAUAGCAUGCUUCUGGUGUUCAAGACAGAUGCUGUUCAAACGGCAAGAGGCUGGAGGGCAGCCUUCCGGCAAACGUUAGGACCACAGCAUGGAUGUGGGGGUUACCUGACAGGUUCCGAUAGCACUUUGCUCUCUCCUGAUUCGGAUUCAAAUGGAAGAUACGACAAGCACUUAAACUGCAUAUGGUUCAUAACUGCACCUGUGAACAAAGUAAUAAAACUCACCUUCAACACAUUUGCUCUUGAGAAUGAAAGUUCUGCAAGGAUAUGCCAGUUUGAUUAUGUGAAGCUAUACGAUGGAGACAGUGAAGAUGAUGACUUGGUAGGAACAUUUUGUGGUUCCACAGUACCUGCUCCUUUUAUCUCUUCUGGUAACUUCCUAACAGUUCAAUUUAUCACUGACCUGAGUUCUGAAAGAGAAGGAUUUAAUGCUACAUACACUUUCCUGGACAGGCCUUGUGGUGGAAUGUAUAAUGCAACUUGGACCCCCCAAAAUGCAUCCUCACCCCGUGUACUGGACCCCAGCUUUUCACUCUUCACCUGUACUUGGGUCAUCGAAGCACCCCACCAUGAGCAAGUCAAGAUAUCCGUGUGGGAACUACAGCUGCAAUCGGAAGACUGUGCCCAGAACUACUUAGAGUUUCAGGACGCACCAGAGAUCAGCGGAAACCCCGCAAUUCAGGUCUGUGGCAGAAAUGCAUCAAGCGUGCCGGCGCUUUACUCCUCCACGCGCACCGCCGUCCUCGUCUUCAAAUCUGACAAUCUAAGCUCAAACUCUAGAGUGAGCUUCAACUAUCAGAUUGCAGAUUGCAACAGACACUAUCGCCAGGGAUUUGGCACUCUGAGGAGUCCCGGGUGGCCAGACAAUUACUAUGCAAACCUGGACUGCACCAUUAUUCUCUCCGCCCCACAGAACCACACCAUUUCCCUCUUUUUCGACUCUUUCAGCAUUGAGAGCGGCCCUGGCUGCGUACAUGACUUCUUGGAGAUAAGAAAUGGAAGUGACAGUAGCUCCCCACUGCUCGGGACCUACUGUGGAAGUCUGCUGCCGGACCCCGUCUUCUCUCAGAGUCCCACACUGUAUCUACACUUCAAGAGCGACAAUUUCAUUUCCAGGAGUGGGUAUGAAAUCACCUGGACCUCAUCCCCCUUUGGCUGCGGCGGGAUUCUGCGCGGAGACAGCGGCUCCCUCGCCAGCCCCGGCUACCCCGGUUCCUACCCGAACCACACGCACUGCGAGUGGGCCCUCAGCGCGCCCUCGGGCCGGCCGCUCUCCGUCAGCUUCUACCUAGUGAGCAUUGACGACCCGGGCGACUGCGCGCUCAACUACCUGGUGCUGCACGACGGGCCGGACGCCACGUUCCCCGCCGCCGGGCCCUACUGCGGAGCGGACACCAGCAUAGCUCCCUUUGUGGCUUCCUCAAGUCGGGUCUUCAUAGUAUUCCAUGCUGAGUACUCAACGCAUCCGUCUGCAUUCAGGCUAAUGUGGCACAGCUGAGGGCCUAUCUGGGUUCCUCCACACUGCAGCCCCAUCCAGGGACUGUCAGAUAUCACAUGGGACAGGACUCUGCCACCUCGCCCUGGACCGUGCCUGUGCCGCUGGGCAGAAGUUGAACUUUUGUGAAUUCCACCAGAGAAUGUAUAAAUCAACAUUUGCACAAUUUUUGAACACAGACUACCUUCUUUCACCAUGCCUGUGUAUAGCAUUCUUUCCUCUAAUAUUUUGAGCUGAAGUCCAAAAAUUCUUUAAAGUUUAAAAGUGAUCAUGAAAUAUGUAAGUUUUUAAAAAUUAAUAAAAGUACGAUUUUCAUUGUG